UGCAACUGUUUUGUUCACAGAAAUAACACGUUAGGAAAGAAGUGGCAAUAUGGCAACGGCGCAGAUGCAACGGAAUUCUUUGAGUGCAGUGAUAUUUCCUAACAAGAUAUCAACUGAGCAACAAUCGCUAGUGUUAGUGAAGAGACUGCUGGCAAUAGCUGUAUCUUGCAUUACUUAUCUAAGAGGGAUCUUUCCAGAAUGUGCCUAUGGAACCAGAUAUCUAGAUGACCUCUGUGUGAAAAUACUGAAGGAAGACAAAAAAUGUCCAAACUCUGGUCAGCUAGUGAAAUGGAUGUUAGGAUGCUAUGAUGCACUGCAGAAAAAAUAUCUCAGGUUGAUCGUCUUAGCAGUUUACACCAAUAUAGAGGACCCUCAGACAGUUACAGAAUGCUACCAAUUUAAGUUCAAAUACACUGACAAAGGACCAGAGAUGGAUUUUGUAAGUAAAAACCAGGGGGACAAUUCCAACAUCACAUGUGCGGAUACGAAGAAAGCAAGUAUCCUACUGCUUCGGAAGAUUUAUGUUCUGAUGCAGAAUUUGAGUCCGCUACCUGAUGAUGUCUGUCUGACCAUGAAACUCUUCUAUUAUGAUGAAGUCACACCACCUGACUACCAACCACCUGGUUUCAAGGAAGGUGAUAGUGAAGAGAUGGUGUUUGAGGGAGAACCUAUAUACCUAAACGUGGGUGAGGUUCCCACCCCUUUUCAUUUGCUGAAAGUUAAAGUGACAACAGAGAAAGACCGGAUGGAGCACAUUGAUGGAGCCAUAGUAAAGGAAGAAGACUCGUUGACGCCGCCAAAGGCACAGGACCAGAAAAUGGCUGAAGAUGUUGUUAUAGAAAAUAAAAUGAGGGAGCAGAAAAAUGCAAAGGAGGCUCUGCAUGUCAGAGAACUAAAUUUACAAUGUGAAGAAGAUGAAGAUAUGAAAAUAGAAGAAAGCCAAAAUUUGUCCAUCGAUCAUUUUCAGGCAGAACAUCUAGUAAACAAUACUUCGGAACUUGAAAUAUCUGAGGGCAGGACUCGAAGUGGAAAGAAAUUUCAGUGCAAUGAAGGCGGUGUGGAAAAGAGCAAAAACCAGUUAGCAGCAAAAGGUCCUAAAGAAACACAGAAGAGGCACAGCUUUGGAUCAGGCAAGCCAGCCUAUGAUUUUGAAUUCUCUUCUAGUCAAGAUUCGGGUCCCAAGCGGAGAAGAUUUAGUGAACCAAAGGAGUGGUUUUAGAUUGUAGCUUCUUGAUGUUUUACUCCCAUUUUAUUAGAGAAUGUUUUAUCUAACUAUAACGAGUAUUUUAACAUUCCAAAGGGAUUAUAUUUUAAACUAUUAAUGCCUGUAAAUAUUUUUCAGUAUCUUUUAUUAGCUACCAAAAGUACAGACUUUGAAUGUGGAGGCACAAUCAAGAAAGACCAAAGUUUCAUUUAACAGCGUGCCUGGGGAAAAUACCUUGCUGUAAAAAAACCCCUAACUGCUGCUUUGAUCUGCUUCAUUGCCACUUGAACCUGGGAUCUCAGCCGCCACAAAUACAGUUAUGUCGGGACUGGGGUUAAUUGCACAUGACACCAGGCACAUGGAUUGGCAAGUGGCGAACUUUUUCUUGCACACCCAGCAUUACGUUUAAAUCAACCCUGGGUGUGCAAAAGUUCCUAAGAACAAACUAUAUCACCUUUACUUUAAGACUGCAGAGUAACUUACUGAUUAGAACAUAGAAUCCAAGGUUUUGCGUAGAAUAGCAUGUCAAAGCAGCGGAUUUAAAAAUGUUGUGCCUUUAAAUUUAUAUCUUGGCUUUUCCUUGCUCCAGGAAGAAACUUAGGAUCAUUUGCCUGUUCUAUUGAUUUUCACUAAUAGCUACUGAUGCAACAUAAAGAGGAGGGGGGACAGCCAACAGGUUAUCAACAGUGGCCCAAUACUGAGAAAGUUAUCACACCCACAUCCUGUUGAACGGGGAAUCACAAUUGAGACAAGUCCCAUUGAUUUCAAGAGGCACAACACACUUUCUCCAGACUCGGCCCAAUAACUAAUUUGUAAAGUUAUGAUUACCUUGGUUUUCGUUUUCUUUAUUUAGAAAAAGAGUUAAUAAUUUUGCUGUAUAAUUCUUGAAACAUAAUGGAAGUAUUAUUUUGACCUAAGAACUUAUUGAUUAGCAAUGAAAUGUUUAUAGAGGUCUACGAUUGCAUAUGCUUUCUGUUUUAGACCUU